ACUGUAGCGGUUCGGUCUCUCUUCCUUCCCCUACCCGGCCAUAUCCUUGCUCUGCGUGACCGCGUCCUGUCGGCCACCAAAUCGAAUCCAUGGCUUUAUCCUGGCCCGCUGCCGCCACCGCCGCCAGCGGCGGCGCUUGUUCCCUGCGGCCCCUACCCCGCCGGAGAUUCUCCCUGGCCGCCGCCUAUCCUGCUAAUGAACGCCCAACCGUACAUCCCAGGUCCCUAUCCUGCGCCGCCUCUGCUUAUCCUGCGCACCCGUUCUCUCCCGAGGUAGCGAAAGCAGUGGAUUCCUUGUACUCGGAGUUCAGAGAGGUCGAUAACUUGGUGGCGCACAACACCACCCGUGUUCUCAAGGCUUUUCAGAAUGCCAGGGUUGGAUCUCAUCACUUUGGUGGAUGCACUGGCUAUGGUCAUGAUGAGGGAGGGGGGCGUGAAGCUCUAGACAAUGUUUUUGCUGAGAUUGUGGGGGCAGAAUCAGCAAUAGUUCGCUCACAGUUUUUCUCUGGUACUCAUGCUAUCACUUGUGCUUUAUUUGCUUUGCUGAAACCUGGUGAUGAGCUUUUAGCAGUUGCUGGAGCUCCUUAUGACACCUUAGAGGAAGUUAUUGGCAUUAGAAAUUCUUCUAGCUCCGGUUCUCUGAAAGACUUUGGAAUAACAUACCGAGAAGUCCCGCUUGCAGAAGAUGGUGGCCUCAACUGGGAUGCCCUUGCCCUUGCUGUGGGACCGCAGACAAAAUGCGCACUCAUACAGAGAUCUUGUGGUUAUUCAUGGCGUCGGGGCUUAAGCAUAAUAGAAAUUCAGAGAGCAAUAAAUAUGAUCAAGGCACAAAAACCAGAUUGCAUGGUCAUGGUGGAUAAUUGCUAUGGUGAAUUUGUGGAAACAUGUGAGCCUCCAAUGGUGGGAGCUGAUUUAAUUGCUGGUAGCUUGAUAAAGAAUCCGGGUGGAACAAUCGCACCUUGUGGUGGGUAUGUAGCUGGGAAGAAAAUAUGGGUUAAGGCAGCAGCAGCCCGUCUUUCUGCACCUGGUUUAGGGGUGGAUUGUGGAUCUACACCUGGUGAUGUAAUGCGAGCAUUGUUUCAAGGCUUGUUCCUUUCACCCCAAAUGGUUGGAGAAGCAAUCAAGGGAGGUUUACUCAUUGCAGAAGUCAUGGCAUCCAAGGGAUAUAAGGUUCAACCAAUUCCACAGGAUCCUCGUCAUGAUACAGUGCAGGCAGUACAACUUGGAAGCCGAGAGCGUCUCAUAUCAUUCUGUGAAGCUGUGCAAAAAAACUGCCCAAUAGGAUCUUUUGUCAAACCUGUUGCUGGUCUUACUGCUGGAUAUGCGUCAGAGGUAAUCUUUGCUGAUGGAACUUUUAUUGAUGGAAGUACAAGCGAGUUGUCAUGUGAUGGACCAUUGAGGGAACCUUUUGCAGUUUUUUGCCAGGGAGGAACACACUGGACUCAGUGGGCAAUUGUUCUGGGAGAAGUUCUGAGAGCAAUAUAAUUGUCAUGUCAGUGAGGCAAAGGAGAAGGUGGCAAUUGCUUCCGACUGCAAGGAAGGUAGACCAUGCUCGGAAAACUGAUCUUGUAUGCUUGAUGGAUUGCACCACCGUUAUACACCCAAAAGAAGAGCCACUUGUUAUCAUAAAUAGAUUGGAGUAUACCAGUAUUUUGAUUUUUGAGCAUUGCAGCAAGAGUCAUCUGUCUGAUUUUUUUUGUUUUUUUGGUCUGCGGUACGAGCGUAGUGGGAAUGUGCACUACUCACUUCCUCAGAUGCCAUUGUAGUGACAAAUAAAAAGUUUUAAUUAAAGUAAUGGAGUACUUUGUGAUUAUUUCUUUCCUAAGCUGAAGAAUUUUGAAGUUUGGCAAAACAGAAGAAUUUGUAUACAUUGGGCCAUGAUGGACACCAACCAACAAAAAAGGUAGAAUAAUUUGUUGAUCG